AUGGUUGAAGUGUUGCUUAAGCACGGAGCAGAUGUCAACACUGUGGGUGGCAUGUUCAACACUGCACUCCAGGCGGCCUCUUACCAAGGCCAUUAUCACCUUGUUGACCUCCUGUUGAGUAAAGGGGCAGAUGUGAACGCCUCCGGGGGUAAAUCUGGCAAUGCACUGCAGGCAGCAUGCUCUCAAGCUUGCGAAAAGGUCAUCGAAUUGCUUUUGAGCCACAACGCUAAAGUGACCUCCCUGAACCACCUGAAUCGUAUCAAAGACCCCGCGCUGAAGGAAAAACUUCGUGUCGCAUAUUUGGCAAACCAGGAAAAUAUAUCCAUCCCUGUUCAACCUAUUCAAAUUACGCAGGAGAGCUGA